AUGCAAGCUUUAAUAUGUUUAGCAUUUUUCAUACUGGGUUGUUGUUCUUGCCAAGGAAGGGAUGACACAAGAAGCACUGUGAUUGUAUCACUGGAAGACAACCAGCAACUGAAGGGAUUCCAUGUCAGGUCGACAACUGGUGAUCAUGUCUACAAGUUUUACGGGAUACCUUAUGCACUUCCACCAACACGGGAUCGAAGAUUCAAACCCCCAGUACCAGCCGGUGAUUGGGUGGGUGUGAAAGAAGCACUUACAAGGAGCCAUAUUUGUCCACAGAGUAGCUCUUACGACAGCACCAAUUCCUCUCAGUCAGAGGACUGCCUUUAUCUCAACGUGUUCUCUCCGGAUGUCAAUGCAUCACUUCCGGUAUUUGUUUGGAUUCAUGGUGGAGGACUGCGCGUUGGCUCAGCUUUCAACGAUGGUGAUGUUGCGGUUUUCGCUGCCCGAGGAGUUGUUGCCGUCUCCAUCAACUACAGGCUCGGUGCUCUUGGUUUUCUCUCUACGGGUGAUGACACCAUGCCUGGAAAUUAUGGGAUGUUAGAUCAGGUGUUAGCGUUAAGAUGGGUUCAGAAAUACAUCCAAGCAUUCGGAGGCGAUCCAAGUCAAGUAACUAUUGGUGGAGAAAGUGCAGGUUCAGUUAGUGUUUCAUUGUUGAUUGUCUCUCCAACAGCCAAAGGACUUUUUCAAGGAGCCAUCUGCGAAAGCGGAUCAGCAUCGGCGGUGGCUCUAAUGCAAGGAAUAGGUCCAGCAUCGUUAGUCCGAGAUUCGACUUUACGUCCAGCGGCAUCGUUGGGAUGCAACCAAACGAGCUCUCUGGAGAUCCUGAAAUGUCUUCAGAACGUCGAUGUUAAAGACCUGAUCAAUACGACUCAAGACUCUAUUAUAACCCCUCGGAUUGAAACCACUUUCGGGUUUCUUCCAGACUUUCCACCAAAUCUACUGACAGGUGGAAACUACAAUAAAGUGGACACACUGCAAGGUGCCAACUCGGGAGAUGUGAUUCCACCGUAUGAUGACGCAGAAAACUACGGCGUGACGAGAGAAGUAAUUGAAGACAAUAUCAGAGUUAGAUUAGGUACUUUCAUUGACUCAGAGGAUGUAUUACAAGACUUCGCAGAUAGUUAUAUUGGAAAUGAGACCGAUCCUAUUAUGUUAAGAGACAUACUUAUGCGAGUAAUUGUAGACAUCGAUUUUAUGGGAGGCACUCUUUAUGAAACAAACAAGUUUGUGACGGAAUCAAAUACCGGAACAAAACAUUACUUGUACCAAUUUGAUUAUCAAAUGAGUGGAACCCCGGGCCCGGUCUGGCAAGGGGUUGCUCACACCGCUGAACUGCCGUUUGUGUUUUACCCCGACUCCCGCUACCACUACACCUCAGCAGACGAUAGGGCUGUAGGGGAGUCUGUUCAGACGAUGUGGGUGAACUUUGUUAAAUAUGGCGACCCUACUCCCACAAACAUCCCUCAGACAUCGAACACUGAACCUGAUCUUGUAAAGUGGGAAGUGUUUACUGAAAAUAACCUGAACAUGUUCAUCAUAGACUCAGUUUCUGAACUUGUCGCUUAUCCUAGACUUUUCUUAAUCCCACUGUAUGAAAAAUGUCUAGAGAUAGCAAUAGGUAGGACAAAGUCAACUACUGUUGUUGGUUAG